AUGAUCGAUGCCAUAGAGGUCUCUGCCGCGCACAGAGCCAGAUACUUCUGGGGGAACCUCCCGGGGAUGAACCGCCCUCUGUGCGCCUCAGGCAUGGACAAGCUGCAGCUGCAGGACUGUCUGGAGCACGGCCGCGAAGCUAAGUUUGGAAAGGUGCGCACCAUCACCACUCGCUCCAACUCCAUCAAACAAGGAAAAGACCAGCACUUUCCGGUCCUGAUGAACGGCAAGGAGGAUAUCCUCUGGUGCACCGAGCUGGAGAGGAUCUUCGGCUUCCCGGUCCACUACACGGACGUGUCCAACAUGGGACGCGGAGCUCGACAGAAGCUUCUGGGACGAUCCUGGAGCGUUCCGGUCAUCAGGCACCUGUUCGCUCCCCUCAAGGACUACUUCGCCUGCGAAUGA